UGAGCCGGCAGUCAAGUCAGUCGUUUCCAGCCUCUCGAGUCAGUCGGUUCGUUAAGUGUUUCGCUCCUGAAAAUUGUAUAAGCAUGGCGCGAAGGAUCAGCAUUAUUUCCUUGGUCAUCCUGGUAGUGAUUCAAACUGCCAUGGCUAAUAUACCGAGUGCAAAUGAAUUUUUCAAGAAGAACAUCAACGGCAACCUAACAAAAAUUACUUGGAAACAUGCAGUAAACAGCAAACCCUUACUUAUAGAAGCUUUGGCAUCAGCCACCAUGAUGUUGGAAGCUGACGUCGUCCUGGGAAAUCUGACUAAUUCAAACGUAACAAAGAUACCUAUCAUGGCACAUCCUCCAAACGAAACAAGUAGUUUAUCCUUGGAUGAAUUUCUCACCUUUGUUCUCAAGAACCGCACAAAAGGUAUAAAGCUCGACUUUAAAUCGAUUGAGGCCUACACGGCAGGAUUGCAAGUCCUCGAAAAACAUACAUCGAAUCUGACAGUUCCUCUGUGGCUUAAUGCUGACAUUCUGUCGGGUCCGGUUAAUGCAUCUGUCAAUGUAAAUACUAAACCAGUCAAUGCUAAACAAUUCCUGGAGGAUGCCAAGAAGACUCUCCCUCAAAGUACUUUAUCUGUUGGUUGGGUGACUAGUUACAAAGCUAACAGCACUGGCAACUACACAAGCGCACACAUUGACGAGAUGUUAAAAACCCUGAAGGACAGCAACGUGACUCAGACAGUGACUUACCCGGUGAGAGCAGCUUUCGCAAUAAAUAGCAUUGACACAUUGAAAACCCUUUUGGAAAAGAGUUCUAAUAAAAGUGCAACACUGACUAUCUGGUCCGCCGAAGAAGAUGUAGUUGACGGAAAGAAACUCUCGAAACUGAUCAAUGAAGUUGGCUCUAAGAAGGUUUACGUUGAUGUGCCAGAAAAAGUUUGGAAGACCUUGGACCUCUCCAAAGGUGGAGCUUCUUAUGCGAGUUCAAGCAUAGCUUUGAGCAUAAUUUCGACGCUUGUAGUUAUAUUUACGACCCGAAUGCUGUGAAGAUGAGGAAAUUAAAUAAGAAAAAGAAAACUUAAGGAAGAUGCAGGUGAGGAUGACCGAAAAACUGAAGAUGUCUCAAGCAACAUUAGUUGCAAAAAAAUAGAGGCUUUUUGCCAAAUGAAGCAGAAAUGGUUUUCAUGCGUUAUUUAUUUUUUUCCUUAGAAAUCCUAACGUAUAUAGAAUCUACACCUUCACGAACGAGACCGAACAUAUAAAAUGUUUAUGAUUGAAAAUCGCAGGUCAAGAUCUGAUCCGAAUUGCUUUUUAUGUUAAGUUAUAAAUAACGAUCUUGUUUUUCAAUACUUAAAAAAAAUUAAAAGAGUUGACGUGAAUGUUUCAAUGAAUCAAAAGUUCGACCUUUAUAUUCCAACUGCAAAGAAGUUGAUCCAUUAUAUUUGAAUAAAUUAAUAAUGUUUGUUAUACUGCUUUGUGACGAGUCGCAUGUGCUGUCAUGCUGGAACUACUAACAUUUUAUUUUGUACAUAAAGGAAAUAUUUUCAAAAGUGUCUUUUGCAGAAGCAUUUACGUAAUCCAGCUAAACCUGUUCAGUGAAGCUCCAUGAGAUUUUUGACAAAAUAGAAAAUAUAUCUAUGUGUGCUUACAGUCUAUACCAAUUAAAGUCCACGACCAUUCAAUUCCAUUAGGCAGUUUGUUCUUACUAGUGCAGAAUAAAAACUAGCAGAUCGGAUGAUUUCGGAUAACCAGAUUUCAGGCAGUGAAACUGAAUUUUAAUCUUCCGGUCAAAAAAUUUGAAAUUAAAAACAGUUUAACCAGAACUAUUGUUGUAAAUCUAUACAAAUAGUCACAUUCCGAUGAAAAACUUAUAUUUUCAAUUAAAUGGUACAUGUAUACUUUGUGUCUAGUGUUCAGGUACUUCUGCAUCGCAUUCCAAAAAUUACAGAGACUUAUAGAAUUUAUUACUAUUAUUAUUAAUAUUACGAGUAGAUAAUACGACAUAAAUUUAUUUUUCAAUUAAGAGAUAAACUACCUGCAUAGUUUCCAUGAAUUUGUAAGAUCCAAUAUUGAGGCUUAUUUCGCAAAAUAGGUAGUAAGAUUGUAAAUGUCAAUGUUAUUUCCCGCUGUUUGAGAAUUUAAAAAUGUAUUGUUAAAUUAAAUGUUGGAACUUACAAAUUUGUGUGGCGUAUCUUAAGAAUUAAAAUGAAACCUUAUGUUUCUUCAAAAAAAAGUUUAAAAUGCCGACGGUCAAUAUUCAAAUUACAUUUGUUUACACGUAUAUUCGAUGCAUUUAAUGUGAUUAAGCAUUUUUCAACCGACUGAUGUGUUAAGUAAUUCAAAUUAAUCAUUUGUAAUUUUUAGUUGUUAAAAGUCCGAAUUUACAUUAAAUUUUUACAUUACGUUAUUUUUCUACGGAAUUAUAUUUAAUGUAUUAACAAAAAAUAGCUCGAAUAGCAUGAUUUAGUUCGUUAGUCCGUUGCUUUUCUCAGGUUACAGUACUCUAAAUGUUCAUAAAAAAUUGUGAAAAGUUUAAAAUUAAUUAUUUUUAGUACUAAUAGAGUGUCAAAGCCAAAGGAUUCAGUAGUUGUCAAAUUAUAAACAACUGAACACGCUGUGUUUGACAAUGAGUAAAUAAAGUCGUUUACGAAAUAA